AUGAGUUCCCAAUCUUCAGUUUUUCAAAAAUGGAAGAAAACUGAUCUAUUAGACUUAAUUGAAAAAUUGAAAAUUAACGAUAUUUCUUAUCAAAGUAAAAAAACCACUUUGAUUCAAAUUAUUGAAAAUUAUUUGAAUUCUUUAGAUGUGCCAUUACUAGACAUAGUGGAAUAUCCAGAAUUGCAAUCUUUCUAUUGCUCGGAUGAUUAUAUUCCAAAAUCAACAAAGAGAACUAAUAAUCAUGUCGAUGAUUUAUUAGUUAAGGCAGAAGAAUCUGUUUUAGAGGACACCAUGUCUUCAACUAUAUUGGAACAAAAGCCUUAUGAAAUACAAGAAUCACAAGAAAAAAUGGAAUAUAUAGAUAAAGAAGAGGAAGAAAAAUCGGAAACCCCAGAAGAAUUGGAACAAGAAAACUUGGAUAGUAAUAAGAAGAGAAAUUAUAGCAAUUUAGAUUUUAGCGAGUCAACAUCAACUCAAUCCUCAUUUAAAUUCAAGUUCGAAAAUUAUUUGAACGAUAUAGUUAUUAAUGUAAGAAGAAUCAAUGAAGACAUCCAAGAUUGUUUGUCAACUAUUUAUUCAGUUGCAAUUAUCCUAUAUUUAAUUGAAUUUUUCCACAUAAUAAAAUACCUAUUUGCGAUAUAUUCUGUCGAAACUGAUAAAAUAGAUAUUUUUACAAAUAUUAUACUAUGGUUGUGGUUUUCCUUCCUAUUACCAUCUUUAAUCAGUUACUAUGUUAAUUUUAUUCGUUAUGAUCUUCCAACAAUGGAAAUGGACCCAAUGAUUUUUUCAAUAACCAAGACAUUAAUUGCUUAUACUUUAAACAAUUGUAAUUAUUAUUCACAUAAUGGAUUUUUGAUGACACCUUUACAAGUCGGUCUGGAGGUCUGGAGAAACUCCUUGGGUCAUCUACCUAUGAUGUUUGGUAUAGUUGGAUGUCUAUUGACUUUAUAUAUCUUUUAA